GAUCCUUUGCUGCAGUCGGUAUUCGGAGAUGCUGUCACCCGUAGCAAUUUAGUAGCAUCUCGGGCAAGAUCCUUGCCUGUUGCGUCUUGGCGGACGUCGGUAAUCAAUUGCCUUCUAUAUAAGAAGCCAAUGUCAGUAGAAAAGACAUAUAAGCAAGUACUCCUCCCAUAUUUCACUCCAGACACAGAGAAUCAAACCGGUGUUUUCACGCAAUCAAGAACAAAUCCUCCAAAGCCAUCAAGAUGGUUCCUAAGAACAUCCUGGCCAUUCUGGCUGCUGCCAUCGCAGUGCAGGGCAGCCCCAUGGAAAAACGCGCAGUCGUGAAUCAUGACUCUAUCACACCAUUCCCCGAGACCGUACCCAAUUCUGCCACUGGAAACGCUUAUAAGAAGUUCGAGCCAUAUCUACACAUUGCACAUGGCUGUCAAUCCUACCCGGCCGUUGCCGCCAACGGUGAUGUGAGUGGAGGUCUUCAAGACACCGGUAGCGCCACAGGCGGGUGCCGCGACCAAAGUAAAGGGCAGACCUACGUGCGCGGCGGCUGGCAUAAUGGCCGUUACGGUAUCAUGUAUGCCUGGUAUAUGCCAAAGGACAUGCCCAACAGUGGAGUAUCAGCGGGUGCGCACCGUCAUGACUGGGAGAAUGUUGUUAUCUGGGUAAAUAACCCGACCAACGAUAACCCAACCUUGUUGGGCGGUGCAGCAUCUGGUCACGGCAGCUACAAGAAGACGGACAACCCCCCGCGUGAGGGCGAUAGGCCUAAGGUGGAAUACUUCACCAACUUCCCAACCAACCACGAGCUGCAGUUCACUAAUACGCUGGGACGCGAUCUACCACUCAUUGCCUGGGAGUCUCUUCCCGAGGCCGCGAGACAGGGACUUGAGAGCGCCGAGUUUGGGAAGGCCACCGUUCCAUUCAAGGACUCAACCUUUCAGGGAAAUCUCGAGAAGGCUGCUCUUUAG